GCCUCGCCUUGUCUCUUUGCUAUUCUCACCAGCCAUGGUUAAAGGUGGACGAGAUUAGUCCAUAAGUGCUGUCCCACAAAGAGCUGCACUGCAGUCUCCGGCAGCUGGCUGCUGGUAACGAGCUUUGUAAUUUCUCCUCCUCCUCCUCCUCCCUCCCUCCCUCCCUCCCUCGCUCUCUCUCUCUCUCUCUGACUUCGACUUCGCUGGUCCCUUUGGCUUUGGCUAGCUAGCCAGCAAGCUCUGCACCGAGAGAAGCAAGAGUGGCCGAUAUUGGAUUGCUGUCGUUCAGAACUCGCUCGUGCUCUUUUGCUGCAGCACAACUCUUCGUCGUCCCGAGCCUCGAAGAAGCCGAAGCAGUGCGAGACGCGAGAAAGAGAACGAUGGCGGGGAACAAUGUGGCCCUGCUCUGCAUCUCGCUUCUGCUGCUCGCGCCUGCGGUCUUCGGUCACGACGAUGAUUACACGGGCAUGACGGCUGCAGACACGGAGGUAUUCAACAUGCUGAAUGAGUACCGAACGAGGAACAAUCUGUCAGCUCUGACCUUGAACACGGGAGCAGCAUGUGUGGCGCACGGGGUGGCACACGAAUUCCAGGACAUUCCGUGCAGUAACACAACCGGGGCCGACACUCCGUUCGGGCAAAACCCCCAAAUUCCCGACUACCAGGAUCUGCUCGAUGACUGCAAUGUCGAUCUCGCCAACGUGAAGAGUGGCUUCAUUGCACCGAACUGUGUACCGACUGGAUCGUUUCCCGCUGUUGCAGCUAUGAAUAUCACUUCAGACCAACAAUACCAGGCCAUGCUCAAUGACUCUACAUACACGUCCGGUGGUGUCGGAUCGUCUGGCGUGUGGUAUGUCAUGGUUCUGGCCACUUCCCAGCCCGACGGAAACUUCGGCACCACCACCGACUUCGGCAGUGACAAUGGCCAGGAUUCCUUGCAGGCGUCCCUUUUCAUUUCUUUCGGGGCGCUCCUUUUGUCCAUGGUCGCAACCUUGUAGAGGUAGGCAAGUAGACGCCUGAGACCCAGUGAGUGACGUUUGUAUUGGACAAGCGUCAGCCUUGCCUUGCCUUUCCUAGCCUUUCCUGCUUCAGCUCGGUCAGUGGCAUAUUUGGCAGUCCUCAUUCACGACGAUGCACAGAAAAGCAGAUUCAUACAAGUUUCAGUACGCAGGAACAUGACUUUAUUAGAAGAUAGUGUCCUGUAAGUCCCGUACCAAUUUUUGAAGGUCUGUACUCAUUACAGUGUCGAUGACUGAAUCUACAACUGAUGGGUUUCUCUUUGUGA